UCCGCUCUCAAAUAAAUUUGGGGGAUCGGGCACCUCUCCUCCGCUCUCUGGGCACCGAAGUUGCCCUCCAUUUCCCCUCCAAUCUCAUCCUGAACCCCGAAAUCCGCCUCGCGAUCUCGAUCUCCGGCCACGAUCGAGGAGAUUUUGCCCUUUUUGGGGGGGAAAAAACGACGAGAUUUGGCGUUUUGAGGAAGGAGAUCGUGUUGGGAUCUCUUCUGAUCCUUAAUCACUGCGGAGUAAGUUGUUUUGGUAAUUUUUUGGUGGAUUUGAGCUGGUGUCGGCAUUUAAGCGAGCGAUCCCGUCGGUUUGGGGUAAAAAGUUCGAUUUUUGGGAAGAAAUUUGGGAUAGCUUGCCCUUUUGCGACCUUAUUUGGCCUUAAUCCAGGGUUUCGAUCGGCUCGGUGAAGCUACAUUGAGUUAAAUCGAGGAUAUUCCGGCUUGGAUGAGCGGGGGGGGCAGGGGAAAGGGGAUCGGAACUAGGGUUUUGAUGCAUGGAGGUGAGGACUAAUUGGAUGCCGAGGAUGUGCCGGAUCGAGAAGGCGAUCGGAUCCGAGUACGGGGAGCGGCCGGUGAAUCUGAAGGCGGAGAAGCUGAGGGGCUCUGCAGCGGCGGCUGCGGCGGCGGCGUCGAGGUCACGGAUGAAGCUGUGGAUGGUACGCGCCACCACCACCGUGCUUCUCUGGACGUGCGUGGUGCAGCUCACCGCGCUGGGGGAGAUUUGGGGCCCCCGGGUCCUCAAGGGGUGGCCCUCGUGCUUCACCCCUUCUGAUUCUCCGCUUCCGAUAAAGCCCGCGGUCGCCGCCGUGUCAUCGGUGGCCGAGAAGGUUACUCUUCCGCCGAAAAGAAUCUACAAAAAUAACGGUUAUUUGAUGGUUUCAUGCAAUGGUGGACUGAAUCAGAUGCGAGCCGCGAUAUGCGAUAUGGUUGCUAUCGCAAGAUACUUGAAUGUGACUUUAGUAGUACCUGAAUUAGACAAAACCUCAUUUUGGGCUGAUCCAAGCGAGUUUCAGGACAUAUUUGAUGUCGAUCAUUUCAUUACCUCAUUGAGAGAUGAGGUCCGGAUACUAAAAGAACUUCCACCAAGGCUUAAAAGAAGAGUGGAGCUAGGAAUGGUUUAUUCUAUGCCACCAGUUAGUUGGUCUGAUAUUUCUUAUUAUUAUAAUCAGAUUCUUCCUUUAAUUCAGAAGUACAAAGUUGUGCAUUUGAACAAGACCGACGCUCGGCUCGCUAAUAAUGGCCUACCUAUUGAGAUUCAGAAACUGAGGUGUCGAGUGAACUACGCCGCUCUUAGAUUUACCUCUCAAAUAGAAGAGUUGGGCAAACGAGUGAUUAGAAUACUUCGGCAGAACGGGCCGUUUUUGGUUCUUCAUCUGCGAUAUGAAAUGGACAUGUUGGCUUUCUCAGGCUGCACCCAAGGUUGCUCUGAUGAGGAGGCAGAAGAGUUGACAAGAAUGAGAUAUGCAUAUCCCUGGUGGAAAGAGAAAGUUAUCAACUCAGAUAUGAAAAGGAGAGAUGGUCUAUGUCCUUUGACACCAGAGGAAACUGCUCUCAUUUUGCGGGCAUUAGAUAUUGAUCGCAGCAUGCAGAUUUACAUUGCUGCAGGGGAAAUAUAUGGUGGAGAAAGGAGAAUGGCUGCCCUUACUGCUGCUUAUCCGAAUGUGGUUAGGAAGGAAACUCUAUUGGAGCCUUCGGAUCUUAGAUUUUUCCAAAAUCAUUCAUCCCAAAUGGCGGCAUUGGAUUAUUUGGUAUCCUUAGAGAGUGAUAUCUUCGUGCCAACCUACGACGGCAACAUGGCUAAAGUUGUUGAAGGCCACCGCAGAUACUUGGGUUUCAGGAAAACAAUCCUGUUGGAUCGAAAGCUUAUAGUCGAGCUUGUGGAUCAAUACAACAAUGGCUCUUUAGGCUGGGAUGAAUUCUCCUUAUCUGUAAAGACGGUCCAUUCGAAUCGAAUGGGAAUGCCUUCUAGGAGAAUAGUAAUUCCCGAUCGGCCAAAGGAAGAGGACUACUUUUAUGCCAAUCCACAAGAAUGCUUGCGACACCCCGAAGAUUUAUCUAGCUUGUGAAAUCGCCGUCGCAACACUCUUUUUAGAUUGCUAUUCUUUUAUAAAUCAAAACCACAGUGUAAUCUCGAUCGCCGAUCGGUCUCAAUUGGACCUGACGACUUAAGUGCUGGUGGGCGUAUAAGAGGAAGAAGCGGAAAGGGGGGAGAGGUUCAUUUUAUGCAGCUGGUGGACACGCAUAAUUAUGAUUUGUGAUAGGCUUAUUUAUUUCCAUUUAAAUAAAGUUCCAAAGGUUCACAUUCUUGUAUAGAGGGUAAGAGAGAGAGAAAAUAGAUGAGAGGUGAAGAUGUUGUUAUUCAUUGCAGGGAUUUCCAGCUGCAUGUACCUAAGAGAUGAUUUUGAUGUUAAAAAAGUCGCGAUUCGUGGGAUGGUUUGGAAGGUUUGUGCCCAUCACCAUCUCUGAAAUUUUUUAGGCCUCUCAAACUAAAUAUUCUGUUGAUUCUGUCCAUUUUUAUAAAAUUUACUCGCUUUAUUUCUUUC